UCUCGCCGCUUAGGUAUUGCGCCCAUCCUCACGUACGCAGAUACCGUUUUAUGGAACUGGGAAAAAUGCGACCUCUCGCUCCCCGUUUCGCGGACGAACAUUCGGAUGGUUGAUCUCCUCACUGGCUCACCUCAAGAAGAGCUUUUCUUCCGCACAUCAGCCAUGAUUGAGAUUCGUGGUUGGGAGGCUCUCGACGCCAUGGCGAAUUGUAUCGUUGACUCGCAGUCCCUCCGGUGCUCGUCAGAAUGGGGCCCAGGCAUCGAUGCCGAGGCCCCGGCUUCUAAUUUGGCAUUCCAUUUAGAACGCCUUGGGAAGACACUAGACGAUAUGACCUGGAUCCUGAAGGAUAUUCGACGGGGGCUCGAUCCUGAUUUCUUCUACAACAAGUUCCGUCCUUGGAUUCAGGGAGCUGAUCAAGGAGCGGACUCCCCCAGCUGGUUGUAUGAAAGCGUUGACGGAACUGGCCUUCUGCUGCAACCAUCGGGGCCGUCUGCCGGACAGAGCGCGUUGAUGCAGUCGUUCGAUGCUUUUCUUGACGUCCUUCAUCCUCAUUCAAAGCUCAACUUAGGAGGGGGAUGCACAAGGUUCAAUGCUUCGUUGGACCCGAAUAAUCUUACUUUGGGACCACUUCCAGAGGGCCAUCCCUCUUUGUCUGGCAGUCUGUCUCAAAAGUCCUCAGUAUCGCUGACGCCCCUAACGCCCCCGGAAACCCCUGCUUACUCGCCUGCAGUCGACGCCUUUAAUGUUUCGAGGCUCCUGGUCUCGCUCCCCACCCAGCCUGAGGGUGCCAUCACUUCGGGCCCUAAGAGUGCCGUAGAUACUUCGUUCAAUGCUCGCAUGAGAAGUUAUAUGACGCAGGGCCAGCAAGACUUUCUCAGCUGGCUCCGGGAACACUCUAUUCGUCCUUUCAUCGAGAGUCUUCACUUUUCCGACUCAUCGCCUUCCACUGACUAUCUCUCAACUUGCCAAAAAGCCACCAUCAUCCAAGCGUAUGAUGCGUGCCUCAUGGCCCUCAAGCGAUGGCGCGAUGCUCACAUUCUCAUCGUCACUGAAUACGUCAUCAUCCCUGCUCGUAAACCUACGUCUAUCCUGUCACAUAUCCCUUCAUGGAAGUCUGGCGAUGUGGAGGAGCCCAAAGCCGUCCGAGGCACUGGUGGGACAUCCCUUAUCCCACUUCUCAAGAUUUACCGGGAUAAUACCCUACGCGCAUUGCUGUCCCCAUUGAGAUUGUAUUAGAGUUCAUCUAAUUAUCCUUAUACAUUUUAUUGGUUUUUUCCCUUUCCCUUAUUUAAGUCGAAGCUUUGGUUAUGGUCUGAUUGAUGUUUAUUUGUUGUAUAUGGUGUCAACUGUACUGUAAUUUACAUGUGAUAAUACCCAACAUACGAUUUUCCUUCAUCUUUUAGUGAGGCGAGGUCGACAUAAAGAACUCGUUGAUUCUUUUUAGAGUCGAACGCGAUGGGUUGGCCUCG